CUCCUAGGGUGCUAGGAUUACAGGCGUGAGCCACCGCGCCGGGCCCACAGGUCAAUUUUACAAACAUAAUAUUGAGUGAAAGAAUUCAGACAAAAGAGAGAAAUAAUUUAUAAUUGUGUAUAAGAGUAAAAUACAUAAAUAUGUAUAAGAGUUCAAGAAAAGGGGAGAAAAACCCCUCUAUAGCAAUAGAAGUCGGGCUAGUGCUUAUUUCUUGAGGAGAGGGUAAUAACCAAACAAUGGCAGGGAAGAUUUCUUGGGUUUUGAUAGUAUUUUAUUUUUAAUCUAGGUUCUGCUUAUGGGAGUGUUUAUUUUGUGAAAAUUCUUUGGGCUGUACACAUAUGAUUUGUGCCCUUGUCUGGAUGUUAUACUUCAAAUUAAAAGUAAUUUUUGUUAAAUUUUAGAUUUUGUAGAUAUCCAUUAUUACUUAUUUCUUGAAUGUAAUCAAGUAAGACAGCCACUAAAGAAAGUUCCUCCAUGUACUCAAAAAGUACUUUUAAGGAGAAGACUAAGAUAUCACUUUAGUUUGUUCUCAAAAGUAUUCUUCUUACACUGAAAAUUAACUCAGUAAACGUUUAUUUAGAACUGCCAAAAGCUAAGAGCUGGAGAUACAAUUGAGAGCACUUCUAUGACUCCAAAGGGUUUGAGGCACGCAUCAGGGUUAGAAUUGGAAUGAAAUGGCAAAUACUAUGUGCAAUAGUAAAUAAGGACGCCUGGUGGCGCUGCAGGCUAAGAGUGUGAAUAAUGGGCUCUGCCUAUAUAACCCAGACGCCAUUAAGCUGGGAAUCUGAACUCUCAAUGCUACCUUAAAAGAAGGAAGCAUUUUAAGUAAGAUCUAGAGGAGAGAUCUUCAGAGAAGGCAUGGUUCUGAUGCAAAUCAGUGAGAAAGAUCGAAUUUGAGGCUAUUUAACCAAAUCAUCUGAGUUGGAUUGUAUACCGAGCCGAAGAAACUGCACCUUUUGGACCAGGUCUGAGCAAUGGAGACUGCGCUAGCAAAAACGCCACGGAAAAGGCAAGUCACCUUUCUUGCUCUACUGUUGCUUUUGUGGGAGGCUGGCUCUGAGGCCAUUGGGUAUUCCAUACCAGAAGAAACAGAAAGGGGCUACUUUGUGGCCAACCUGGCAAAAGACCUGGGGCUUGGGGUGGGGGAAUUGGCGACCCGGGGCGCGCAAAUCCAUUACAAAGGAAACAAGCAGCUCCUGCAUCUCGAUAUAAAGACCGGCAAUUUGCUUCUGUAUGAAAAGCUAGACCGGGAGGUGCUGUGCGGGGCGACAGAACCCUGUGUAUUGCAUUUCCAACUAUUACUGGAAAACCCCGUGCAGUUUUUUCAAGUUGAUUUGCAGCUCAGAGAUAUAAAUGACCAUUCCCCGGAGUUCCUAGAGAGGGAAAUGCUCCUAAAAAUCUCAGAGAGUGUCCAGCCAGGGACUGUGUUUCCUUUGAAAAUAGCUCAGGACUUCGACGUAGGUAGCAACACUGUUCAGAACUACACAAUUAGCCCCAACUCCCACUUUCAUGUCGUUACUCAUAACCGUGGAGAUGGCAGCAAAUACCCAGAGCUGGUGUUGGACCGAGCGCUGGACCGAGAGGGGCAGCCUGAGCUCAGUUUAACCCUCACGGCGCUGGAUGGGGGGGCCCCGCCCAGGUCCGGGACGAUCACGGUACUCGUUGUCGUCUUGGACAAUAAUGACAAUGCCCCUGAGUUUUCGCAGUCGCUCUAUGAGGUGCAGGUCCCUGAGAACAGUCCCCUUCACUCCUUAGUCCUGGCUGUCUCCGCCCGGGAUCUGGACGCAGGAGCCUAUGGGACCGUAGCCUAUGCGCUAGUCCAAGGCAAUGAGGUGACUCAGCCAUUCGUAAUAGACGAAACAACAGGAGAAAUUCGUCUGAAAAGGGCGUUGGAUUUCGAGGCAACUCGAUAUUAUAACGUGGAAAUUGUAGCCACAGACGGCGGAGGACUUUCAGGAAAAUGCACUGUAGCUAUCGAGGUCCUGGACGUGAAUGACAACGCCCCCGAACUGACCAUGUCCACGCGCACCAGCUCCACUCCAGAAAACUCCCCGGAGACCGUAGUCGCUGUUUUCAGUGUUUCCGAUCCAGAUUCUGGGGACAAUGGAAAAAUGGUUUGCUCAAUCGACGACGAUCUCCCUUUCCUCUUGAAACCCACAUUCAAGAACUUUUAUACCCUAGUGACACAGAGGCCACUGGACAGAGAGAGCCGAGCCGAGUACAACAUCACCAUCACGGUCACUGACCUGGGGACUCCCAGGCUGAAGACGGAGCACACCAUAACCGUGCAGGUCUCCGACGUCAACGACAACGCCCCCGCCUUCUCCCAAAGCUCCUACACCCUGUUCGUCCCCGAGAACAACAGCCCCGCCCUGCACAUCGGCAGCGUCAGCGCCACAGACAGAGACUCGGGCGCCAACGCCCAGGUCACCUACUCGCUGCUGCCGCCCCGCGACCCGCACCUGCCGCUCGCCUCGCUGGUCUCCAUCAACGCGGACAACGGGCAGCUGUUCGCCCUGAGGUCGCUGGACUUCGAGGCCCUGCGGGCGUUCGAGUUCCGCGUGGGCGCCUCAGACCGAGGCUCCCCCGCGCUGCGCAGCGAGGCGCUGGUGCGCGUGGCGGUGCUGGACGACAACGACAACCCGCCCUUCGUGCUGUACCCGCCGCAGAACGGCUCGGCGCCCUGCACCGAGCUGCUGCCCAGGGCGGCAGAGGCCGGCUACCUGGUGAGCAAGGUGGUGGCGGUGGACGGCGACUCGGGCCAGAACGCCUGGCUGUCGUUCCAGCUGCUCAAGGCCACGGAGCCCGGGCUGUUCAGCGUGUGGCCGCACAAUGGCGAGGUGCGCACCGCCAGGCCGCUGGGCGAGCGCGACGCGGCCAGGCACAGGCUGGUGGUGCUGGUGAGGGACAGUGGCGAGCCCGCGCUGUCUGCCAGCGUCACGCUGCACGUGCUGCUGGUGGACGGCUUCUCGCAGCCCUACCUGCCGCCGCCGGAAGCGGCCCCGGCCCAGGCCCAGGCCGACUCGCUCACCGUCUACCUGGUGGUGGCCUUGGCCGCGGUGUCGUCGCUCUUCCUGUUCUCGGUGCUGCUGUUCGUGGCGGUGCGGCUGUGCAGGAGGGACCGGGCGGCCUCGGGGGGUCGCUGCUCGGUGCCUGAGGGCCGCUUUCCGGGUCACCUGGUGGAUGUCAGCGGCGCGGGGACCCUGUCCCAGAGCUACCAGUAUGAGGUGUGUCUGACGGGAGACUCUGGGACUGGUGAGUUUAAAUUCCUGAAGCCAAUUAUCCCCAACCUCUGGCCCCAGGGCUCUGGUGAAGAAAUGGGGAAAGCUGCUACCUUUGGAAAUAGCUUCGGGGUCGAUUAGAGAUGGGAUUAUGAUGCCAAGUUUUCUGCCAUUGACCCCCAACUUACCCAGAUAUAGAAUCUGAGAGUGUCAUGGAGACAACGUUCACCUUCAGAUUUAGCUACGAUUUCCCUUUUUAAUGGAUUUGUCUAUGGAACUUUGUGUUAUCCAGUUUUGGAAAUUUCAGUUUUACUUCAUUGUGUUCAUUUGCAUAGAGCCCUUCUGAAUCCAUGCAUGCCGUUGAUUUUCCCGAGAUUUUAACUUUUUGUUGUGUUUGUUUUGAUGAACUGUCUUAAUAAAAUAAAAUAUUCAUUUUA